CUGCACUCAUCGCCCUGACCCUGACGGUCCUGGACUAGACAGAGAGCAGCUGUACUGGGAGCUGAGACAGCUGACCCAUGGCAUCAGCAUGCUGAGACCCUACACGCUGGACAGGGACAGUCUCUAUGUCAAUGGUUUCACCCAUCAGAGCUCCACACUCAUCACCAGCACUCCUAGGACAUCCACAGUUGAGCAAGAGAACUUUGGGACUCCACCUUCAUUCUCCAGCCCCACAGCUGCUGGCCCUGCCCUCAUGUCCUUCACUCUCAACUUUACCAUCACCAACCUGAACUACACAGAGGAUAUGCAGCCAGGCUCUGCGAAGUUCAACUCCACAGAGUCAAUUCUACAAUAUCUGCUUGAGCCCUUGUUCACCAACAGCAGCAUUGGCUCACUCUACACUGGCUGCAGACUGACUACACUAAGGCCUGAAAAGGGUGAAACAGCCACUGGAGUUGAUGCCAUUUGUACCUACCAUCCUGACCCUGCAGUCCCCGUGCUGGAUAGGGAGCAGCUCUACUGGGAGCUGAGCCACCAGACCCAUGGUGUCACCAGGCUUGAUCCCUACAUCCUAGAUAGGGAUCAUCUCUAUGUCAACGGUUACACCAGACCAGUCUUGACAUCCAUCCCCAGUGUGUCUAUGACUUCUACACCCUCCUUGAGAAACUCAUUGGCUCCAAUCUCCUUCUUAAGUUCUACAGUCUCUGUCCUUGCCCUGGUGCCAUUCACCCUUAACUUCACCAUAACAAACCUGCACUACAUGAAGGACAUGCAACAACCGAGCUCAGUAAAGUUCAACAAAAUAGAAAAGAUCCUGCAGCAACUGCUCAGACCCUUGUUUAAGAACACCAGUAUCAGCCUCCUCUAUUCCAGCUGUCGACUCACCUUGCUCAGGCCUGAAAGAGAUGGAGCAGCCACCAGUGUGGACACAGCUUGCAACUACCGUCCUGACCCUGCAGGCCCCGGGCUGGACAGAAAGCAGCUGUACAGGGAGCUGACCCAGCUGACCCAAGGUGUCACCAAGUUGGGUCCCUACACCCUGGACCAGGACAGUCUCUAUGUCAAUGGUUACACACACCAGACUUCAGAAACCACUCCCCAUGCCACAGGACCACCCCUGGUGCCUUUUACCCUCAACUUCACCAUCACUAACCUGCACUACACAGAUGACAUGUGGCCUCCAGGCUCCUUGAAAUUCAAUACCACCGAGAAGUCCCUGCAGCCCCUGCUCAAGGUCUUGUUCAAGAAUACCAGUGUGGGCACCCUCUACUCAGGCUGCAGGCUGACCCGCCUCAGGCCCAAGAAGAAAGGGACAGCCACUGGAGUGGACAUUGUCUGCACACACCGCCCUGACCCCGUGGUCCCCGGACUGGACAGGGAGCGGUUGUACUGGGAGCUGAGCCUGCUGACGGGUGGUUUCGCCCACUUGGACCCCUACACCCUAGACCAGGACAGUUUCUACAUCAACGGUUACACCUACCAAACCCAGACCACCACCCCUAGCAGUUACACCCAUUUGGCAUCAGCCACCACCCCCAAUAUUCCUGUGACAUCCAUACCCUUCAUUUCUCUGGCUCCAUCCCCCUCCAGCAGGCUCACAGUGGCCACUGCCCCCACCCUGGUGUUCUUCACCCUGAACUUCACCAUCACCGACCUGCUCUACACGGAGGACAUGGGACACCCAGCUUCCUUGAAGUUCAAUUCCACUGAGAGGGUCCUACUGCACCACUUGCGGCUCUUGCUUGGUAAGACCAGUGUCGGCCCCCUCUUCUCACACUGCAGACUGGCUUCACUCAGGGUUGAGAAACAUGGAGCAGCCACCGGUGUGGACAUUGUUUGCACCCAGCACUCUAACCAUGGGGGCCCCAGGCUGGACAGAGAGCAGCUGUAUUGGGAGCUGAGCCAUGAGACCCAUGGUGUCACCCGGCUGGGUUCCUUCACCCUGGACAGGAACAGCCUUCACGUCAAUGGUUACACCUUGCAAGUCACAACCAUGACUCCCACCACUGCGGAGGUCAGUGAGGAGCCUUUCACACUGAAUUUCACCAUCGACAACCUGCACUACACAGCGGACAUGAGCCAUCGGGGCUCCCACAUGUUCAACAUCACAGACAUCCUCAUGCAGCAUCUGAUCAGCCCGUUGUUCAGGAACAGCAGCCUUGGUCCCCGAUAUGCAGGUUGCAAGGUCACCUCGCUAAGGUCUGUGAAGAAUGGCGCCAAGACAGGGGUGGACUUGCUCUGCACCUACCGCCAGCCCUCCAGCGGCCCAGGUCUGCCUGCCAAGCAGCUGUUCCAUGAGCUGAUCUGGCAAACCCACGGCAUCACGAAGCUGGGCUCCUACUCUCUGGAUAAGGACAGCCUCUACCUCAAUGGUUAUAAUGAACGUGGUCCAGAUGAGCCUCCUACAACUUCUGAACCAGCCACUACAGUCCUGCCCACUUUGUCAUCAUCUGUGCAACCAGAAGCAACCACAGUUCUGUUGUACAACUUGGAGACCCUCACACUCAACUUUACCAUCUCCAACCUCCAGUAUUCAGUAGACAUGGGAAGUGGCUCGGCCAUGUUCAACUCUACUCAGAGUAUCCUGCAGGACCUGCUCAGAUCCUUGUUUAUGAAGAGCAGUCUGGGCCCCUACUACUCGGGUUGCAGACUGAUCUCCCUCAGGCCUGAGAAAGAUGGAGCAGCCACCAGGGUGGAUAUCAUCUGCACCUAUCACCCUGACCCCUUGAACCCCGGGCUAGACAGAGAUCGACUUUACUGGGAGCUGAGCCAGCUGACCCACAGUGUCACCCAGAUGGGUCGCUAUACCCUGGUCAGGGGCAGCCUCUUUGUCAAUGGCUAUGCCCCACAGGAUUUAUCUAUUCAGAGUGAGUACCAGCUAAAUUUCCGCAUCAUCAACUGGAACCUCAGCAACCCAGACCCCAUGUCCUCCGAGUACACCUCCCUGCUGAGGGACAUCCAGGACAAGGUCACCAAACUCUACAGAGGCAGCCAGCUAGGAGAUGCAUUCUACUCCUGCCUGGUUACUGACUUGAAGCUGGGCUCCGUGACAGUCACUAUCCAGGAACUCUUCUCCUCCAGUGUAGACCCCAGAAUGGUGAAACAAAUCUUUCUAGACAAGACCCUCAAUGCUUCAUCCCACUGGCUGGGUGCCACCUACCAUUUGGCAGAUAUUCAAGUGACAGAAGUGGAGGCAUCAGUUCAUCUGCCAACAGACAAACCAACAAGCAGUCCCAGCCCUCAGCACCUCCAGCUGAAUUUCACUGUCACCAAUCUACUCUAUGUCCAGGACAUAGGUCUACCAGGCACCACCACACACCAGCGGAACAAAAGAAGCAUGGAGAAUGCGCUCAACCAGCUCUUCCGAAACAGCAGCAUCAAGAAUUAUUUUUCUGACUGUCAAAUUAUAGCAUUCAGGUCUGUCCCCCACAGCAACCACACUAGGGUGGACUCCCUGUGCCACUUCUCACCAUUGGCACAGAAAAUGGACAGAGUUGCCAUCUAUGAGGAAUUCCUGCAGCUGACUCAGAAUGGCACCCACCUUCAGAACUUUACCCUGGACAGGAACAGUGUGCUAGUGGAUGGCUAUUCUCCAAGUAGACCUGAGACCCUGACUGGUAAUUCUGAUUUCCCUUUUUGGGCCAUCAUCCUCUUCUGCUUGGCGGGACUCUGCUUGAUCUGCUGUUUCCUGGUCACCGUGUGCCUGCGGAAAAAGGAGGAAGAUUUUGAGAUUCAGCAACGAUGCCCGGUACCUGCCACACCUAGACCUGAGGCAGCUGCAAUGACUAGAUCUGCCUGAGGCCCCUGUUCCCAUCCAGGGCCCAAAGGAGCUUGGCUGGACCAGAAAUCAACCACACUGAUCUGUCACAUUCUCUGGGCCCUUCUUA